UGAACAUUCCCUCCCGAUUACUUUGCAACAAACCACAUUGGCAGCGCAGCCAUUAAUCAAUUCCCCGUUCCACGAAAUGCGAUGGGUCUUGUCUCCUAAUUCUGUUUGGUGGUUUCGCGCGAAACUCUGUGGUAAAAGUUACGCGGAUACACUGGAAUCCUUUUGUGCUCUCUCGUUCGGACGCGACGUGAAUGGGUGUCAAUGAAAAUCCGUCAACGAUAGAUCGUUGCCCAGACGAGAAUUCCCUAUCUUUGGAUUGCUGAACACUGACAAAUCGCAAAGUGAACAUUCGUGUAUAAUUGUUAAAGGUGUAAUAGACUCACGUACGAGAAUGGGCGAAUAACAGAGUUAUAGGGAGAGUGAGAGGAGAAGUGCACCGGUCCAGCAUCUUGACGGUGUUCCCGGAAUUCAGGAUGACGCCAUGGAGGUGCCAGUCUUCGAGCAAACGGUGUCGAACGUCUCAGCUUUUCAAGGACAAACGGCUUAUCUGCCCUGCAGAGUUCGCAAUCUCGGUGACAAAAUCGUGGUGUCCUGGAUGAGAAGCAGCGAUCUGCACAUUCUCACCAGCGGCGACUUCCUAUUCAGUUCCGACACCAGAUUCGCAUCCCUGCACGCGCCUGGCAGCGACGCCUGGACCUUGAGACUGAAUAACACCAAAAAGUCGGAUUCCGGAAAGUACGAGUGUCAAGUUAAUAGCGAACCGAAGAUAAUGUAUGCCGUGCGACUCUUUGUGCUUGAUCCUGACAAACUGGAAGGUUACGAUGAGCCAUACUCGCAGCAGACUCGGAUAAGUUACGAGAGCACGGCCCCAAUCGCCGCCAUCAUGGGACCCCGUGAACAAAGAGUACCAGCAGGCUCGACGAUAACUCUGAGAUGCGUCGUAACUUCCCCAUAUCAAACCAGACUCAUUCGUGGAGUUCAAUGGCUCCGGGACAACAAACUACUCACAUUCCAAGCUGCCAGAGGUGGUAUCAACGUGCAGACCGACCGUAGAGCGGCACAAACUGUCUCGGAGUUGACGCUGGCCGCUGUGACGGAAGCCGACGUCGGGAAAUAUUCCUGUAGACCGUUGGAGGGUCGCGCGGACGUCAUUGACCUCGUCGUAGAAGCAGGUGAAAGAACCGAAGCCAUGCAACGGGAUGCUGGAUACGUAUCAUCCGCAUCUGACGUAACGUUCUUCAGAAUGAAAGGCACAUUCGCGUGGACCCUCCUGACAGUCGUCGGCCUGGCUCAGACUUAUUUGUAUUAACACGCUCCCAGUAUUCCGCGGCUAUGCCUCCAUGUACUAUGUUCUGCGCUGCAUAAUUGUAUUUCAUUUUCAUUUAUCUGGAUUAUUUUAAGGGUACAUGGUCAAACUGGCCCCUUAAGGGUUCAACGUUGUCGUAGUAAGUAAACGAUAAGAAAUCGCAAUGGAAGACAAAGGUAGUCUUGUUAUAAUAUAAAUAAAAGCACCCUGCGUUCUUGGAUUCUUCAA